CAUUCCUACAUGACACAGCUGUAUUUUCAUUAAUUGUCACCAAAGCAAGAUUUUUAACCACUUUAGAUGCAGAUUAACAUAUAACAAAGCUGGACGUUCCAGGACAAUAUAGAGAGGAUAGCUUAUGUUAAAUUCUGCUUUUGUGAAUGUACUUCUGCAACAUUUUGCUCUUCUUUUCCAUGUCUUUCUGGGCAAACACAGGAUGGUAAGUUGCUCAUAUUUCAUUGUUUAUACAUCAUGAAUUAUGAUGUGUACAGUUCAUACAAUAUCCCAUAAAAUGUGUUGUGCAGAGGUUGCUACCAUGGAGGAGGAUAUGUCCAGGGAGUUGUCUGUUGGUGAACUGCUGGAGAGAGCCAACAGAGACCGCACCCCUGACUUUGAUGAGCCCACCCUGAUCGGAGGAGACAUUGCUGUCAAGUCUGAGGCUGACAGAAACGCUGACCCCUGCACCGCUAGGGGCUGCCUUUGGAGAAAGUGGACUGAUGGAAAGGUCUACAUCCCUUUCUACAUUACCAAUCACUUCUCCUCCCGUGAGCAGGCUAUCAUCAUUCGUGGACUGGAGUCCUUUUCUUCAAUUUCCUGCAUCCGUUUCAGACCCUACCAGGACGGUGAUCAUGAGUGGCUGAGCAUUGAGUCCAGGAACGGCUGCUACUCGUAUGUAGGUCGUCAAGGUGGUGGUCAGACUGUGUCGCUGAGUCGUCAGGGAUGUCUGUACCACAGCACUGUCCAGCAUGAGCUGCUCCACGCCCUCGGCUUCAACCAUGAACAGACUCGCUCUGACAGAGACAGCUACAUUAAGGUGCACUGGGAAAACAUUAUUGAUGGCAUGGCGUACAACUUUGAUAAGAUUGACACUCUGAACCAGGGAACUUCUUACGACUACAAUUCUGUCAUGCAAUAUGAGAGGUACGCCUUCUCCAAGAACAACCGUCCCACAAUGGUUCCCAUUCCCAACAGCAAUGUGUCCUUUGGCCAGGCCUCCCAGAUGAGCAGCAAUGACAUUGACCGUCUGAACAGGCUGUAUAAUUGUUUGUCCCCAGAUCACUGCACGGCGAUCGGUGAGCCGUCGUUUGCUGUAACUGUCAAGCAAGUCUCCGCUGGAGGAACGGCCCAAAAGCAAGAAACUAUGGCUUGAGAGCAAAGAUUUCCAAUCUAAUUACUUAUCACCAGUGGCGGUUUUGGGCACGGGCGACCGGGGCGUCACCAGGACUUAAAAAAAUAAAAAAAAUCAACUGGCA